ACUGUUAGAUCAUGGAAAUCUCAGUGUAAAGACUGAGGAAGACAGAAAGGUCUGAAUUUCACACUUUUCUUUCUUUUUUGGAUGCACACCUAGUGUGGAAUAUGUGCUUUUGGAACCAGGCAAGCUUGGGCGACACCUAAACCUUUGGGUUCAUCUGUUAUUCAGCUGAUAGGCUGGCUGGUUCAGCUUCUCUACACAACAUUUUUGUUUUCUCCUAAUCUGCUUCCGUGGAUCUGCAGCUCUAGAUCAUGAGUGACAGUAAAGACAAACCCAAGGGCACCAAAAACGGGCCUAACGUCAAACCAAAACUUCACAGCAAGGUUAGUGUCAACUUGGGGUCAACAGAGAGACGCCAGAAGGUCAGCAAGCCUCUCAGGAGAAGCCGCAGUAACGACGCAGAAAGCCGCCAACGUGAAGGUGGGCGAGAGAGAAAACAGGACAGGAGGCAUGGUGGAAAGCAACAACGGGGUCGCAGCGAGGAGGGUAGGAGGCGAGACCGUGACUAUGAGCCAGGAAACCACGCAAAUGGGCAACCCAAAGAUGACCUGGAAGACACAGAGUGCAUUGUGUGCUUCUGUAGCUUCGACAACGUCUUCAAGGCACCCAAGUUACUUACCUGUGGACACACGUUCUGUCUAGAAUGCCUGGCGCGCAUCAAUGUGAAUUCUCCCGAGAUCAAGAUGCUGUCUUGCCCCGUCUGUCGGGAGCCGACAGAAAUCCGACAUGGCCGAGACCUGCCACAGCUGGGCAAUAACGAAGACAUCUUCCGCAAGCUUCCACCUGAGAUGCAGCGGGCUCUGUCCGUACGCUUUAAACGCAGCAAGGGCAAGCUUGUCCUCAAGAAACCUCCAAUAAACAGCCCCAUCAGGACCACUGUGAAUCUGCCGGUGUUGAAGAAGAAAGAUGAGCAGGUGGGCAAUUACCCCCUUGGAGUUGUGGAGGAAGGUCUCGGCCCAGCAACAAUGGUCGAUGUAGGUAGACCGCCAAGAAGGAUGAGAGGUCGUAUGAGAAGAUUGUUGUAUUCCAAUCAGUGCUAUUACGUUGUCAUUGCAGUAAUAAUCGUAAUCACUGUGGCUCUGAUGCUAGUGGGGAUAUUUACCUUUGUGCUGAUGCCCCAUUUUCAACACCCCUCUAAACAGAACCAAACUUCUCAAAACACAAAGCCUUAAGGGAUGAUGACAUACACAAAGCUCAAAAGGGAUGAAGGGAAGAGCAAAGCAAGCUAGAUUCUUUGGUAUAGCCCAAAAUGCAUUUUGUGCUUUUGUGUAUGAUGCACUACAGAGAGGCUUUAUAGAAAUGAACUGGAAAAACUUGAACAUAUGAUGCACUAUAGUCUGAUGAAUGCAGACAUAUUUUACAUAGACUGAGACAUUGUCAGGCGAAGGUCUUAAAGAACAAGAGGAAACAAUGACGUCUUUUCUGUCAGUGUUGGAUCGUAUUUUUCUAACUUUGAAACCCUUCAAUCAAUGGAAAUCAUUGUUGUUGUUUUUUUUCUGAAAGGGCUGGAUCUAGCUAUAAAAUUUUUUAAAGAUUUUUAACGUGCAAUAUUAUUAUGCCAUUUAAUCUCAUAAAGAAUUUACCAAUGUAUAUUCAUGUACUUUAAUAUAUUAUCUAUACAGUUUGUGGUAUUGAUACUGAACAACAAAUACAACACCUAACAAAUACAAAUGAUCUAAGAUUUAGAAGGUAAAUGUAAGCUCAAAAAUGUUCUUCUGACAAGAAAUGUAUAUUUCUUUGACUUAUAAUGCACAUAAUGUAAAUAUGCUCUGAUAUGUAACUAAAUGUUCAUACCAUUUUCUAUUCUUUUGCACAGAUGGGGAAAGGCCACUUGGAAAGUUUAACAUAAUUAAACUAUUUUGACCAACUAUUUUGAGUGACAUACCUACAAUUACAACACUGCACUUAUUGAGCCAUAAAGAUAAAUAAAAUUCUAUUUUUACUUUACUAGGGCUACUAAUUCUCAGAAAUACAUGGUACACCUAUGGUAGCACAACUACUGAAUGGACAGAAAACAUCUAUUGUAGAAUAAAGUAAAACUGGAUAUAGUUACGUAACCAUGUGGCCCUCUCGCAUAUCUCCACAUGUUACCCUAUUACUGAAAAAUGUCCUAAAUGAAGCAUGAAUGUACUCAUAUUUUACAAGGCGUGGGAAUGGCUGUUUUGCUUUCUGCAGGUCUUUAGUACUACAAUUAAUGGGAGAAAACUGACAAAUAGUGUAGAGACAUCACAAAACACACAGAGAGUCAAUAAAGAAAACAAUGCAAAAACAUAUUAUGCAUUGCAAA